AUGGAGAUGAGGCUGGGUGUGAUUCUGGGGGCCAUCUGGCUCCUCGCCCUUCCAGCCACCUCCACUCCCAUCCAGGAGUCAGACGACUCCAAGCUGCUGCAGGUGACCAUCCCCACCCCCCCGCAGGUGUCUGCCACCCUGGGGGGGUCCCUCACCCUGCCCUGCCUGGUCUCCCUCUCCCAGCCCCCCCACACGCCCUCCACCUCCGGCCGGCGCGCCGUGCUUUCGGUGCCGCGCGUCAAGUGGAGCGUGCUCUCUGAGGGCCGCGACACCGAGAUCCUGGUCGCCCGCGGCGACCGCGUCAAGGUGAGCGAGGUGUACCGUGGCCGGGCGUCGCUGCUCAGCUACGCGGUGUCCCCCGCCGACCUCAGCCUGCAGCUGGACGCCAUGGGCUACAACGACACGGGCUUCUACCGCUGCGAGGUGCAGCAGGGCCUGGAGGACGCCCACGACGCCGUGCAGGUCAAAGUCAAAGGUGUGGUGUUCCACUACCGCGACGCAUCCAGCCGCUACGCCUUCACCUUCGACCAGGCCCUGGACGCCUGUGAGGAGAUUGGGGCUCGGGUGGCCACGCCGGAGCAGUUGCUGGCGGCGUACCGCAGCGGCUACGAGCAGUGUGACGCGGGCUGGCUCUCGGACCAGUCUGUCAGAUACCCCAUUCAGAUGCCCAGGGAGGGCUGCUUUGGGGACAUGGACGGGCAGCCAGGAGUCAGGAACUAUGGGCUGCUGGAGCCAGAUGAGCUGUACGAUGUGUACUGCUACGUUGAAAAUAUUGAAGGGGAGGUGUUCCACGGCUCCGCCCCCCAGCGGUUCACCCUAUGGGAGGCCAAGGCCUUCUGCCAGGACCAGUGGACGGAGUUGGCCACCACGGCCCAGCUGUACGCGGCCUGGAACGACGGCCUCCACCACUGCAGCCCCGGCUGGCUGGCCGACGGGAGCGUGCGCUACCCCAUCGUGGUCCCUAGGGAGCGCUGUGGCGGCGGGGAACCCGGCGUCCGCACCGUCUAUCGCUUUAGCAACCAAACGGGGUUCCCUGAGCCGCACACGCAGCAAGACGUCUACUGCUUCAGAAGCAAUAACGGCCCCCACACCGACUCCCCCCAUACAUUCCAGGCCACUGAGCCACAUGAGGUUGAAGACCAUGACCUUGACGACCCUCUUGAGGAGGUCAUUGCCAGCAAGGGGACCUUCCAAGAGCAGAACCCAGCAGGAAGGCCUUCUGGACCAGAGUCCCAGAGUCCGUCACCGGGUGAGGAGUACCUCACAGUGUCCAGGGACCCGACCGAAGAGCACCAUCCAUCUGCCACCGUCCCGUCACAGAUUGAACCCCCUGCGGUGGCCUCCAGCUAUCCCGCGUCCUACCACCCAUCCCCUGAAGAACACCCCCUAACCACCCCCCCUCUUCCAUCAACUCAUCAAUACCUGGGGGGAGAUGGAACCCCAACCUAUGGACCGUCCCUAGAGACUGAUGGGGAUGUGACCACUACACUCACUGAUGGGGAUGUGACCACUACACACACUGAUGAGGAUAUGACCACUCUACACACUGAUGAGGAUGUGACCACUCUACACACUGAUGGGGAUGUGACCACACAUGAGGCUGAUGAGGAUAUGACCACUUUACACACUGAUGAGGAUAUGACCACUCCACACACUGAUGGGGAUGUGACCACACAUAAUGCUGAUGGGGAUGUGACCACUCUACACACCGAUGAGGGUGUGACUACACAUGAGGCUGACGGGGAUGUGACCACUCUACACACUGAUGAGGAUGUGACCACGCAUGAUGCUGAUGGGGAUGUGACUACACAUGAGGCUGACGGGGAUGUGACCACUGUACAUACUGACGGGGAUGUGACCGCUGUAGAGGCUGAAGGGGAUGUGACCCCUGUAACUGAAGAAUCCCCAUCGCUUCCUGUCUCCCUCGAGGAGUCGGACAGCACUUCACCUGGAGACACGUCCGAACCCACGUCAACUCCCGACCACUUUGAAAACACCCCGGAGACCGCAACCGUGGCGACGGCGCUCGCCAUCGGCACACCGGAUGCAACCGAGACGCACAACAGCGAGACGCAAGGACACGGGGCCGACGAAGAGUCAGGGGAAGAGGAGGAGGACCACCACACCCUCGCCGACAUACAUCAGGAGCAUGUGUCUGAGGCCCACACCCCCAGCCCGCUGCCCCCCCUGCUCUCUGGGCCAACCACAGCUGAGCACCCUCUGACAGAAGAGGGGGGGUCUGAAGAGGAGCCUCUGAGCUCGCGCCCCGACGAGAGCGCCGUUCCGCUGGGCUCCUCCCACGACCAGACGCCGGAGGAGAGCAGUGGAUCCGCGGCCCAGGACAGCACUCCGCAGCCAGGGCCGGAGAACCACUUCACUACCCUCCACUACAUUUCCGCCAUGGGUCUGACAUCCGGGCUCUCUGGGUCUCUGUCGCCCUCUGCUGGUGGCGUGGAGGAUAGCAGCCAGCACGAGUCGGGCUUCACCCAGACACCUGAGGGCGGUGUGGUGGUGGGACGGGUCCAAGACAUGGAGCAGGAGGUGUUGAGCGAGAGGGUGGAGGUACUCCUCGGGGGGGAACAGGAUCCUCUGAAGGAAGCUGUGGAACACAGCUCCGGCGGCGAGGGCUCGGCCGAGGUGUCCGGCGGGGCCCUUGGGGAGAGCUCCGGCAUGGAGCCCGAGGAGGGGUCCCUGAUGGAGGAACAAACGCCCGUCGCAGUCACCGACGGAGGAGGCGGGGCCUCCGAGACACCUGACUCUGAGGAGUCCUUUACGGAGUCCUCGGUCACCCUCCUCCCCGAUGACCUCACCCUGACCUCUGAGGCCGCGUUCACAGGCCGCACCCCCACCCCAACCGCACCUCAGGAGACCCGCUCCGACGUGGAGUACAGCGCGGAGCCGCCGGUUACGGUGGAAACUGGCCUCGCCGAUGACAUCACCGAUGAGGAUCACGAGGAGGAUGCUACCAUGAUGAUGGACUCCACCUCUCUGGAUCAGCGUCACAGCGAGACCCCCAGCCCCCGCCCUAUCGAUGCGUACUACGCAGGGUGGACGGCGGAGGACGUAAAGGAGGAGGUGGAGCAGGAAGAGAGUUACACACACUCAGCCUCACCCACAACCAGACGUGAUGAGGGCGACAUAGAUCAUUGUGUGGAGGAUUCGUGCCUGAACGGAGGCACCUGUGUGGACAGAGAGCCCAGGGUCUGUGUGUGUCUGCCCAGCUAUGGAGGAAACCUGUGCCAAACAGACCUGAAUGCGUGUGAUAUGGGCUGGGAGAAGUUCCAGGGCGUGUGCUACCGCCACUUCUCCAAGCGGCAGGGCUGGGAGGUGGCCGAGCAGCACUGUCGCAUGCUGGGGGCCAACCUGGUGUCCAUCAUGAGCCCCGAGGAGCAGGACUACGUCAACGAUAAGUAUAAAGAGUACCAGUGGAUCGGUCUGAACGACAGAACCAUUGAGGGAGACUUCCGCUGGUCGGAUGGAAACCCUCUUCUGUAUGAGAACUGGUACCGGGGCCAGCCCGACAGCUACUUCCUGUCUGGGGAGGACUGCGGUGUGAUCGUGUGGCAUGAGGGCGGCCAAUGGAGUGAUGCGCCAUGCAACUACCACCUCUCCUACACCUGCAAGAAGGGCCCCUCCUCCUGCGGCGCCCCCCCGGAGGUGCUCAACGCCAAGGUGUUUGGGAAGGAGCGGUCGCGCUACGAGACCCACGCCAUGGUCCGCUACUACUGCACAGAGGGCUUCCUGCAGAGGUUUGACCCCGUCAUCAAGUGCCUGAUCAGCGGGCAGUGGGAGGGGCCUCAGAUUACCUGCACAGAACACUCCGAACAACUUGUGCCAAAUCAAAAACCCCUAGAAGGCUACAGUGCUCUGAGUGGUGCACCAGCAGAUUUAAGCGACCACCAUUCAGAGUGAGGGGGUCCUGGAGGUCCUUGAAGGUCCGUGAAGGUUCUAUAGGUCCUGGACUCCAUGGGGAAACCAGACCUUCCAGACCUGGAAUAACUACUACACCCACCUACACCUCCCUUGGUUUCUUCUUAAUUUCAACACAUCUUUUGUUUUCCUGAUGCACAAACUGUCCUAUCUUGUUUUAAUGAUUUAUAUAUAUAUAUAUAGAGGAAAUAUUCCGGAAAUAUAUAUAUUUCAUACUACAGCCAAGACACUGGGUGUAAAAAAGUGAAGAGGAUGAAAAAGAAACGUGUUUCAUUGGCCCUGAGUAGAUGAAUGAUUCCUCUAUCUCCCAAGGUUUAAGAUAUGAUUUUAGAGACCUUUCAGUCUUGUUGCAAACAGGGAUUUCUUUCUGAUUACUUUACUCUUGGGGGGGAAAUGGCACAAUGGAAAUGUUAUGUUAUCACUGUUAACACACAUUUGAAUGAAAUAAUGACCCAUAACAGCACAAUGUAACACGUGAUUAAAGACGCAGAUAGACCUGGUAGUAACACGUUAACACAUCAGAAUAAUUCCAUACAUGUCAAGAUUUUUAUUAUACAAUUUCGAAACGGCAGAAUUUAUUUUGAAUAGUGAUGUUAGUAUAGAGGCUCAUUACAUGGAGUGAAAUGAAUGGAUGUCAUUACAAGAUAAACACAUUUGAA